AUGCCCCACCGCGUAGCAAACUUCCUGCGCAGCUCGACCGAGAACUUUAGCGUUUCUGCCAUUGCGAACCUGAAGAAACACAACCAGCACCAAAACAAGCACGGCAACAACGGCAACGUGCAAGACCAGGGCCUGUUGCGCAGACUGCCCCUGGACCGCCACUCGUCUUACUCGUCCGAUGACGGCGAGCACGUGCCCUACCACAGCAUGUUCGCAGCAGAGCCCGUCGAGCACGUCAAGGAGAAGAAGCACCACCACCACCACCGCCUCUCUCUGCCCUUCGGCCGCUCCAGCAAGGAUGCGCAGGAGAACCCCCACGCCGUGCUCGACUGGAAGAUCGAGAGCCCGCCCAUCGUCUUCUUCGGCGACGCGGAGAGUUCCUCCGGCGCCCUGGUGUCGGGCCAGAUGCUGCUCGACGUCAAGGACGAGCUGCUCCAUGUCGAGACCUUGGAGGCCAAGCUCAACAUCCACGUUCACCACAAGCGCCCCUUUGCCAACCACUGCGCCGAGUGCGCCAACCAGUACACCGAGCUGAAGCGCUGGACCUUCCUCACCCACCCGACGACGCUGAGGAAGGGCGUGCACCAGUUCCCCUUCUCCAUCCUGCUCGAGGGCCACCUCCCGGCCUCCAUCGACACCCCCAUCACCUCCAUCGCCUACGAGUUCAAGGCCGAGGCGACGCUCGUCAAGGGCACGCCCGGCUCGCAGGCGCCCGUGCGGUUCGAGCACAACCUGGACGUCAAGCGCUCGCUGCCGCAGCCCGAGUUCCCCCACCACUCGGUGCGCGUCUUCCCGCCGACCAACAUCAAGGCCAGCGCCCACUACAGCCAGGUCAUCCACCCGGCCGGCACGCACAACGUCUCGUUCCGCCUCGACGGCCUGACGACCGCCAACGCCGCCAACAAGACGAUGGAGUUCUGGAAGCUCAAGAAGGUGACGUGGAAGCUCGAGGAGACCAUCAAGACCGUCGCCCCCGCCUGCGACAGGCACGCGCCCGCCGGCACCCAGACGAACCAGCAAAAGGGCGUCCCCCGCACCGAGACCCGCGUGCUCGGCGAGAAGUACAUGCACGACGGCUGGAAGUCCGACUACAACAGCAGCGACGGCCACGUCGACUUCGAGUUCGACUACGGCGUCGUCCCCAGCAAGCACAGCAGCAGCCACGCCUCCCGCUACGCCUGCGACAUGAGGUCCCUCGACGGCACGGAGGUCUCCCACGCCCUCAUGAUCGAGAUGGUCGUCUCCAAGGAGUGGGCGCCCGUCGGCAAGCCCCAGCUCGCCACCCAGACCGGCACCGGCCGCAUCCUCCGCAUGCACUACCACGUCAUGCUCACCGAGUGCCCCGGCCUCGGCGUCAGUUGGGACAACGAGGCGCCCCCCGUCUACCAGGACGUGCCCCCCUCGCCGCCCGCCUACCCCGCUGCUACCGCCGCUGUCGCCGCCUCCGCGCCCGUCGUCGAAUAUGUCAGCCUCGAGCACCUCGACGGUCAGACGCACAACGGCACCGCCCACAGCAGAGAGGGGUCCAUCACGUCGCCGUGA